AUGGGAGCGCCAGGGCAGCGUGAUAUAGACCUUGUGCGAUCCGGCCGAGAAGCGAGGUCGGGGCUGUCCCUUCCGGAGCUUGUCGCCGGGUUUGGGGUCGGAGAGGGGGAGUACAAGUGGAUCUAUACGGGACUGCAUGUCAUUGAGAGGAGAUUCGAUAUUGUCUUUAGUAACUGCUUGACUGCAUUAUUGGACAAGGCGGAGGCUCCGCAUCCCCGCGUGGUCUUGCCAGUGCUGUUGGAUGACUUCCCAGGAGUAUUACUCUACACAAACAGCACUAAGGGAGAUCGGCGAACUCCGUACUGGCGGAAGAGAUCACUCGAAGUGCGGCCCGCUAUCGAGGAGACCAAUGUAUCAGAAUCCGUUGUGGAAGCUGACGUGGGCUAAUGUGUAUGAUGGGGUGGGUUGGGAGUUAGACUGACAUCAAAUACGCACCUUCGGAGCAAGAUUAGACUACGAGCGAUCGUGUUGUACAAGUAACUCCCGGGCGAGGUUCCGACGAAGUGGGUAGAAUGACAUGGUACUGUAGCUCAAUCUCAUGACAAUAAAAGUUCUUCGGUAA